CUUUUAAAGCAUGCAGACAGAAAUGAACAAUAUAUUACUUGCAAUACUUAAAGAGCACUCACAGAAGAACAGCACACUAAAAAAAGAAGUGCAAACUGCCUUGCCACUAAUAGAGGAGUACCAAGGGAAGGAAAAGGAAUUUUAUGAGUAUGUAAAAGAGAAGAAAUUGGCACAAUUGCCAUUUGUAAAAUCAAUACAGGAGAUUCCUGUCAAAAACAGAUUAUUCUUUCAGUCUCUUCAAAUUCUGCAUAAGCUCAUUACAAGAAAUAGCAUAUCUAAAGAGUUCAUUCCUUAUAUUCUGGAAGAGUUCGAAAAAAAAAUAGAGGCACACUCUGAAGUACAGCUAAGAGUACUGCAGAUGUUACAGCCACUGAUAGAGGAUCCUUUGCUAGUGAAAGGUGAUAACCUUUUUAAACUGUUUAAAAUAGGGAUUAGUCUGAUAAAAAAGUACAAAGACACAGUUACUGCAAAAAUAACAGUAUCUUAUGUGAUUGAGUGUAUUUUUGAAAGACCCGAAAUUAUCUGUGGCUUUAAAGAGUGCGAUACAAGCUUAAAGGAGUCUGCAGAAGCAGACUGCUUGAAGGUAGUAAGUGUGCUGAUUAGCCUCUCAAAAGAGCCAGAUCUAUUUGGUUUAGACUUGUUAUUGGUUAGUAUGUCAAGUAAAACAGCAAAGAAUGUACUGAAUACAACAGAAGGCAAAGAGUUACUAGAAGUGAUUAUAGAUUUCUUAAUGAAGGAGAUAUCUGGAGUUGAUAUUAACAGGACUAAAGUAUCCUUUGCAAUCUUUAUGCAAAUAAUUUCAAAUAUUGUUCAGAGUAACCAUAACAUUAUAAGUAUUCUCUUGGGAAUAUGUCAACUAGAAAUUCAGAAAGAAACAGAAUUACUCAAAGGAGAAUUUCUGUACGCUCUGCCAUAUGAAAUAGUUCUGGCGUGUCUUAAGAGCAGCGAAUACCUAUCAGAACAAUUGUUUGGCCUUAAUAACGAACGGUUUUUGUUAGACAUCACUGGGAUACAAAAAAAUGAAGAAAUACUUAAGCUAAUACAAGCAAAAGAAAAAACAGAAAUAGUUGGGAACAAAUCACUUAAAAUGUCAAGGAUUAUUGAUAUUGCAGGUAGAUUAGAAGAUUCAGAUAUUUUGCAACUGUUUAUUCCAUAUUUUAGCUACCUUAUAGAAAAUAUAACAUGUUCAUCUGAGGGUUGGCCAGAAGAACCACUUGCAAUGAUAAAGGGGGCUAUUUCUCAUACUGCAAGUAUUGCACAGGGAAAUAUUUCUGUGUUUAAUUCUGUGAUUAAGUCAGUGUACACAGUAGCAGAGAAAUACCCAAAGAUAUUUUUUAUUUCUGCUUUUGAGCUUACCUUCUGUUAUGCAGAUAUACUGUGCACAUGGGGAGAGUUUUUUAUUCUGUCCUCUUAUGCCCAGGAUAGUGCGCCAGAUUUAGACUCAUGGAAUGUUUCAGUUAACCGGCUGAUGGAGUGUAACUCUGAGUGUUUGAAAGGUGCACUGAAGGGAGUGUGCGGGUCAUGCAAUAUUCCAUUAGACCGCUUUAUGAAUCUUUUUUUAUCAGUUGGCCAUAAAAUAGAGGAUUUCCCAUACGAAGUAGUAUCGUAUAUCAAGAAAAUCUUUGUGCCAGGCAUGGAUAGUUCAAAAUUAGUACGAGAAGAACAGGUUGUGUACUUCUUAAGCGAGUAUUUUUCAGCUGGAUUGGGCGAGGGCGUGCACGUUCGAAUUCUUCCAGAGAUUAUUCUGGUAUUUUCUGAGAUAAAGAAUCUGAGCCAAGACAUUUCACUUGCUAAAAUUAUUAUGCAGUCAAUAUCUGAUGGAAUAAAGCAGGCAGGCUCGUCCUUUGGGAUGGGGUGGGUGAGUAUUUACAAAAUACUGUCUGACGCAGCAGAGGAAGAGGAAAUACGAAGAAUUGUUUUUGAAACAAUUAAGACAAUAACAGAUCGCAUGCUAAUGUACUUACCAGAUGAAUGCCUUGUAUCUACACACCAACUGCUUUGCAUGUGCUGUAAGCUUAUAAUAGAGGACAACAUAUCAUUUCAGGCACUGUUUUCUAUUAGAGACAUAACAGAAUACGUACACAUAGAAAAGGAGAGAAUCUCACGGCAAGUACAAAUGGAAAUAUUUUAUGCUACAAUGUGUCUUCUGUGCAGUGUGGCGUAUGAUCAAAGAGAUGAUGUAAGGGACUCUGCGAUAGUGCAAGCAUUUGAGACUAUAUAUUUCUGUCAAAAAGUGAAUCUUCUUAUGUGGGAGCCUCUUAUCCAGACAUUCCUGAAAAGACUGCUCUCUGCUGCAGUGUACACUAAAGAAAAAGAAAUUUACUCAGGCGAACACGAUGAAAAUUCAAGUGGUUCCGAUUAUCUGUCAUUUGAAGAAAAAUGUCUGUGCCGCGGAGUAGGUGGCUGCUCAUUCCAGCCGUAUACAACAGAUGAUGUAAACACGGCCAGGUCACUGGAAAGUGCCAAAAAAAUCAUUUUUGGUGUGUCUAACCUAAUUUUUAGCUAUUUCGGGGAAAUAAAGGAGUAUAAAGGAUUCUACUCGCUGUGGAGAUAUAUCGGGAGGAUAUUUGUUAGAUUCUUCUCCGAUCCGUAUAUGAAAGGCACAGUGAUCUCUGCCAUUACACCAGGGCUGCAGAUUUCUUUGCCAACAAAGUACAGCGUGUCUUUAUUUUCAACCAUAUCGGAUAUUUGCUUUAUAUACACACAGCCAGAUGAAUCUCUUGAGACACUUGUGGAAAUGUUUAAGCAGGCCUAUAAAAAAAUUAGACCGGAAGAAGUACAGACUAAAAUGUCUGUAACAUUCUUCAAAACCAUUACACACUUGCUAAAUAAUAAUACAGUUGAAGACUCAGGAACACUUACUUUCCUGGAAUUUGAAACAAUUCAAUCAUUAAGAGAUGAAACCUGCCGUAUUUCUAGAAUAAAGGUUCUUCUGGAGUGGAUAGCAAUCCCAAGAACGCGCUCUGAAAGACUGUCUGAACAGUUUAUUAUACAGUGCAUAGAGAGGUUGGAAAAUGAACUGCUUAGUCAUACAGAACCACAGCCAACAGAAAUAAUCAGAAAGUCCAUAGAUACUCUUCUUCUGUACCACAAGAAAAAAGAAACAUAUAUGCACUGCUGGCAUAGGGCUAUAGGCUGUCUGCAGAAAAUACUUCAGCUAGAAGUAUCUACUGAGUCACUAGGCCACCUUUCACUCAUAUCCAGAGAAAUUUUUAGACUUCCUCCACCAGAAGAUGCUAACGCUUCAGUUGAUGCUAUGCCUGAUGUGCCCAGAAAAGACCCACACCGGCUCAAGGAAGAAGAAAGAGGAAUCCAAGACCACCUUGUGUUUUUGGAAAUGCUUACAGAAAUACUUAAAGGAGAAAAAGUGGUUGAGGUGUACACAGUUGUUAUGGCAUUUUGGGAGUUCACAAUUAAAGAAAACCUGCACAUCCUGCACUUAUCUGCAACAAAAACUCUGUGUCAUAUUCUUGCAUCUAAACAUGAAUUGAAUGAAUACUCAGAUGACUGGAUCGACAGAUGCCUCCAAAAUUAUAAUGAAUGCAUCCGAGUAGAAAGAGUCAAAUUCUCGUUUUUCCAGAGGCAGGCCAUUCUUUAUGUAUUACAGCAGAUUAUAGAUAGAAAACUCCCUGUUCCUAAAUCAAAAGUGUUUAUGUCCCAGCUAAUUCUAUGCAUCUCAUCUGAUGCGCCAGAUAUAUCACUGCUUGCCACAGAAGUACUAGAACAGUUUGUUGCAAAUAAAUAA